AUGGCGGAAGCUCUAGGCCUGGCUGCCAGCGUCAUUGCCGUGGUUGACAUCACCACAAAGGUCGGAAGCGCCACCUUCAAGCUCAUGAAACUAUGGGCUGAAGUCAAGGAAGUACCACAGAUGCUUUUGGAGAAGGCAGAACGAAUCAAAGACUUAGAAGACUUCCUCCUUGAUGCCGAAGACUACAUUAAGAACAGUCCGCUACCACAAGCCUUCUGGAACACAAAUCACCGCUUGCGACAGCAUAUCGAAAAGGUCCGCCGCGCACUUGACGACGUUCAAGACAUGGUUGACGAUCUGCAAACCAAGUUAAUUUCUCGGAAACAUGGCUUUAGAAUCAAGUUACUUUCAUCAUCCAAGGUGGUGUUCCGGAAAGAUGAGUUAAAGGCUCUGGACAGGAAGCUUGAAGCGGCACUCUAUCUGUUUUCCAUUGCACAGAUGCAGUGGAUCAUGGCAAUGUCGGCGUUUCGGACUUCGCUGAGCACCGAAGAGUGGUCAGGUGGAGGCACUGCCUCGAACGCGAUGCAGGCGGAAAAGAUCAACAAUGCGCCAGUUUCCACUCCACCAGUACUCUUCUACAUAUGUAGCCCAGCUUCGGUAGUUCCUACCUUUCGAUUUGUUUUUGGGAAGAAUGACAACUUCCAAUUCUCCAUUCAGGCGCCCAGCUGGCUCACAGGAUCUGUCUAUUCAGUCAUGGCCCAGAAAAGCUAUCAGGGGUGGCAAUUUAAUCUCAGAGCUUAUGAGGUAGUCAAAUACUUCAGCAAUGAGUUAUUGGAAUGCAUUGGCAUUGACGACCCUUCCGGGAUGUUUCGAGUGUUAUCGCAGCAUAACAUGACUCCCUUUGUACGGAACAGCUGUGGCAAAAGCUUGUUUGAGCUGACUGGGCCGAAUUGCCUUAAGUUCGCUGUCGAAUACAGGUCCCUCGACGUAGUGAAAGCUCUGCUUGAGAGAGGGUUUGCCUAUCUUCUACGAGACCAGUUGAGCAGCCAAGCUUCAGUUGCCUUCCUCCUAUACGAGCUUGGGAGCAUGACCAUAUCACCACGCCGGUACGAUCUGGAACCGACAUUUCAGAAACUAUUCCUGGAAGUUUUCCUUGAUGACUACCUUGACGAUCCGGCACGAAUAUUUUGGCUAUUCAGUUACGGCAUCGGGUAUCAUUCAUUUCAAAUGAUACUGAAACGUUACUCGAUUAAAUACGAGUCGUUCCCGCUUGCACAAAGGCUUCAGCAUCUCAGGUUCGUCGUAGCUACAUGUAGCUGGGAGACGCAUGAAGUUUGUUUUAUCCUUACUGAAACCAAGAACGAUGACACAUGGGCAUCUACACUCGUAUCAUCCCGAAGCAUGAAUGGGCUUGCCCUCUUUCAUUCAUGUGCCAUUGGGAUGGCUAGCAACUUCGUAGCAAGGAACCGCCACCCUAACCCUGAUCAGUGGGCCGAAACAAGACAGUCAUGGGUCAAGCUACUCCGUGACGGCAUCAAACUAGACCGUCAGAGUCUAUACCACAUAGAUUCGACUUUGAACUGGUCGGGCAAUGGAGCAAUGAGCUCACCCCUGUGCAGCAUCAUCAAUUCGAUAGUUGACUCCAGGCCCUCGGAUCUUAGUACGGCUAGACAAGUAUUAGAAUCACUUAUGGCAGCACUUGCAGAAUGGAUUUCUAUAAUUUCUUCUAGCGACGUGGAGCUCCUGGACUACGGACGUGAGGAAAGCCGUAUGUACAAGCGAGGGCUUACAAGUGUCUGGCAGCGUUGGGCUCCUUGGCAUGGAGAUACUAUUGGUACAACUCGACUUUCUCUUAUCGGUAUUACUUAUGGUUCUUGCCCAAAUCAUUGGAGUCUUUGGUGGUCGGAUGAUUAUGAAGAUUACGCCGGAGAGUUCUGGACCAUGGUCCAAGAUGUGGUCGGCAAGGUUCCUGGUGCCUGGGUUGAUGAGUCUUGGAGUCCAGUGGAGUAUGAUCGCGAGGAGUGGGAUAGGUGGCAAGCCUGGGAGAAAGAAGAGCCUACACCGUUAAUUUGGACCGAGUAUCGCAGAACUCAGCCGCCCAUCUGA